AUGUGCGUUACCGAGAUCUGGAGCUAUCGCGAGUGCGGAUGUUUCUACCAUCACAAACUCCUGUGCCAAUCUCAACGAAGAGAGCAGACGCCGUGCUUUGCACCUAACAUACAAUAUCCCUUAGACAGAUGGCUCAAAGAGACAGCAAUCGCUGCAGAAGCCUCGUGCAAGCAGUUCAGACCACGAGCAACGUCUAUUGAACCCCAGGAUUGCCCGGAUCACGACAUUGUCGAGAAGUCUUUCCUCAAUCAAAUCUGCGAAGACUGUUUGCUGGCAGAACUCAGUGGCAUCUCGUCUGCUCUCGAGAAGGGUGCUAGUGCUCAGGAUGUCUCUGCUGCCGUCUGGGGCAAUGGAGAAGGACUGAUUUGGGAUAGUGAGGUAAAGAUCGAAAUCGAGGACCAAAAUUCUGGGUUCUCAGCCAGUCCAACGGCGCCAGAGGCAUCGGGGCGCAACCGGGGAAUACUAAACGAGGACAGGAGGAUCCUGGAAAGCCACGUUGAGAUCAUAAUCGAGGACGAAAGCCACAGUCUCUCCGCUGAGAACGCGGCUUCUCCAAGGAUCAUUGCACGUCAGCAGAGUGGCCGCUCACAACAGCCCGUGAUAGAACCCUCUCCACCAAACAGCCGCCGUGUUGGCUCUUGUAAAUCAAGUUCGAGCGCUCCCAGCAGCAAGAGAUAUGGGCGCGCUUUUCACAACAUCAAUGUUAUCGGGUUUGAUCCGGAAAAUGAUAUUGGCGCUGGCCUUGAGCGAUCUCAUCGCAACCUCCAACCAAUAUUUUGUGGAAUGUCUCUGAUGCGUUCGAAUCUACGCAACGCCCAGGGAUGCGAGCCUGAUGCAGAUAUCCAUCCAGUGACACCCAGAGCAAGAAUCGGGAUUAAGAGCCUGCCCAAGUUCCAAAGUCUCAGGAGUCUCUCGACGUCUUUCCGCAUGGCGCCGAGAUCGUUGAUCGUCGCUUCGAGCCACGGCACGGAUUUGCCGUCCCCGUCGAGCUCUGUAGGAUCUAGCCCAAAGAAUCCAUUUCGCAAUAUUUGCAGUCGCGAAGGUUUACCUCUGGGAGGAGAAACGAGUACAUCCCUGUUGGGGGGAUCGGAACAACGUUCUGACAACGUCCACCACGAGAGCACUCCGAUCCCUGAGGUGCAAGAUACACCGGCCAUCCUGCCUCGGAAGUCGAGUCUGAAGGAUUUCGCCCUGUUUCUCAUGGAAGACUUCACAUGGACAAAAAGGAUGGUGCAGCCAUGGCCAGGCAGCCAGCCAAGGAGCCUUCCUCCCAGCCCGACUACAUCUUGGUUGCGCAAUCACACUGCGUCCAGUGUAGAGACGAAUUCAACCACUGGGGAAUUCGUUUCGCGUUCUAAUACUGUCUUUGAGACUGCAUCUCGGGCCAGCAGCCUGAAGACCGAUAGAACGGAAGGGUUGAAGCCAGAUGAAGGCCUCAUGAUCCCGAGCCUCCCAAAGUCGUCGACCAUGAACACCAUGCGAGCAAUUAUUAGUGGAUACAUCGAUCGAGAUUUUGGGCACGAUGACACAGACAAAGCAGUGGUUCGACCGCCAAUGUCAGGCAAGGGGGAGACUGGACGGCAGGGUCGAUGGGCAGAUGGUACCGAUCUAGGCCGGACCGAUAUGCCUGAACAGCCUAUACAAGAGGAGUCAUCUGACCAGGAGCGUUCUGAAGGAAACACUGAGGACUGGGUCCAUCCAGUACUGUCAACCUCGUCAAGGUCGACAGAUUGA